AUGGAUCCCACCUUGGCAAACUUACUGAUGUGUCCAAUCUGUUAUAGUCAAGCUCAAACACCCGUCUACCAAUGCACAAACGGGCAUAUAGUAUGUUCCGACUGUAGAUCACGCAUAACAAAUUGCCAUACGUGCAGAGAACCUUUAGGUCACAUACGCAGUUUAAUCGUUGAACAAAUUCUCCGCACUAUGCAAGCUCCCUGUUCUUUUCUUCCCUUCGGAUGUCCCGAAGUACUCCGUGAGGCAGAUCGUCAACCGCAUGAAGAAAUAUGUCUCUUCCGACCUAUUCCUUGUCCUUUCCACACAUCUCCCUGUACCUGGGAAGGGGCCCGAUCACAUCUUCCUAACCAUCUUUUAACGGUACAUCCACAAAUACCUAAACUCACCCAAAAUACAAUCUUCUUUGGUGGAGUAGACACUCAGAUAACUGGCGGUACCUGGGCCGCUAUGUUAGAAUGCUAUUCCCAAAUAUUUCUAGUCAAGGUUUCCAAAACAACCUCGAAUACACCUUCUUUCAUUAUAAAAAUCUACCUCCUAACCAAACCCACGACUGACACAAAAUAUAUUUAUAAUAUCAAAUUCAAGAGAGGGGAUCAUGCCUUUCGUUGGACCUCUCUAGUCCACGAAAUCUACGGAGAAUCUACUCCUCCUUCUCCUGUCUCUAUACCAUCCCUCGAACUCCCCUCUGACAUCAUUCACUUUUUUGGCUCCCAUCACAACUUUAAAUUUAUUCUUAAUCUUUCACCUCUUCCAGAUGGCGGAAGACACUGA